ACAACUUCAGAGCUAUAAAUCACCGUCAGAUUUAAGGUUUACAUCACGGGAAUGGCGUUGGGUUAGCCAACCAAAAUAAUUCCAUGAUUUAAUUUCCUUUGCAUUUUUUUUUAAAAAUUUCCAUAGAAUAUAAAUAUUAGAUCCAAAGUUUUUAUUUUUUUUGCAAUUACCUUCAAAUUUUGAAGAAAUGGAACAAAAAUUUACAUAAAUCUGAAAUCCCAGAUUUGAUAAAAUACAGAGAAAACCUCGAUUUCACCAACCCAUGAUUUUUUGCUCAAAACCCUAUCCGCCAAUCACAAACCCUAGAUUUAUUCUCUUCAUAAUUCUUUUUUUGUCUGAUUAAUUCUAUUGUCCUUUAUACAAUCACUUUGAUCUGCGAGUUUAUAGAUUUGAAUUUCUGCUUCUACACUAAAUUGUUACUUGUUUUCUGAUUUGUUCAUAGAUUUGUUUAUUGCCCACUUCUGUCUUCUGGGAUUGUUGAGUACAAUUUGGUUACACAGAGCUCUGAUUUCACUGAAAAGUAAGUUUGCCCCAGUAGUUUGGGGCAAUUUGGUGAACUGGGUCUGAACUAUUUCUCUCUUUUGCUCAUUUUUUGGUGGGUGAUUUUGGACUAUUAUUUCGAUAUUUUAUCCCAGAAAACGAGUGCUUGGGCAAUUGGCGAACUGGGUCUUCAUGAUUUUUUUCUUUUAACCCAUUAUUACUCGGUAGAUUUGUUUGGUAGAAACAUCGAAAACCAGUGCCAUUUUUUUUUUUUGGAAGAAGGAGAUGAGAUGAGAGGGGUAUUGUUUAGUGUGAGGUUUAAGCAGAGACAAUGACUGGAGGGUCAUUGGGGAUUCGGUCUGGAAGUUAUGGAUCAUUGGAGAAGCAUUUUCAACAGCAUCAGCAGAACGGUGGUGGCGUUCACUUGCCUAUCCAAACGAUAAGCCGGACUAAACCUGCCAAGAUGCUCAAAGACAAGGAGAGACUCUUUCAUUGGAUCUGCAAGUUUGCCGGCCGGAAAAAGGUUGGAAUGCUGUUCCUCUGUAUCAUCUCCGCAGCCGUUUUCGUCUGGGUUUUGUAUGUAGGAAAAGGUGAAGAUUCACAGGAAGGUGAUCGUGUUCCAAACUUUAGCCUUAAUAGCACUGUUCCCUUUAGCAAUCCAGAGAAUCAGACUCGUAUACUUGAGGAGCUCCCUUUGCCCCUUCCUUCUCCUUCUCCUCCUCCCCCUCCCCCUCCCCCUCCACCUCUCCCUUCCCCUCCACCUCCCCCUCCCCCUCCUCCUUCUCCUCAUUAUUUUACAGGCUACACUCUUCCUCCAGGGCAUCCAUGUAAUAGCUUCACUUUACCUCCCCCACCAGCUGAUAAAAAAAGAACUGGACCAAGGCCAUGUCCUGUGUGUUACCUUCCUGUGGAAGAAGCGAUUGCUUUGAUGCCAAAGUUACCCUCAUUUUCUCCUAUAGUUAAUAGCUUGACAUAUAUCUAUGAGGAUCCACUAAGUAGGGAUGGAGAAUUUGGAGGCUCAGAGUUUGGUGGGUACCCUACUCUAAAGCAGAGAAGUGACUCUUAUGAUAUUAGAGAGUCGAUGAGUAUUCAUUGUGGAUUUGUCAGAGGGAAAAAACCUGGCCGCAAUACAGGAUUUGACAUGGAUGAAAUUGACCUGGCUGCAAUGGAGCAGUGUCGUGGGGUGGUUGUUGCUUCGGCAAUAUUUGGAGCCUUUGACAACAUCCAGCAGCCAAGUAAUAUUAGUGAAUACUCCAAGAAAACUGUAUGCUUCUUCAUGUUUGUCGAUGAAGAAACAGAAGCAUAUUUGAAGAAGAAUAGUGAUCUAGACGGCAGCAGGAAGAUUGGGAUCUGGAGAAUAGUAGUCGUUCAUAAUCUUCCUUACGCAGAUGGAAGACGCAAUGGAAAGGUUCCAAAGCUUCUAGCGCAUAGGAUGUUUCCUAAUGCCCGCUUUUCUUUAUGGAUUGAUGGGAAACUUGAACUUAUUGUGGAUCCGUAUCAAAUUCUUGAAAGGCACUUGUGGAGAAAAAAUGCUACACUUGCAAUUUCUAGACAUUAUAAGCGUUUUGAUGUGUUCGUUGAAGCUGAGGCAAAUAAAGCAGCUGGGAAGUAUGAUAAUGCCUCCAUUGAUUUUCAGAUUGGUUUUUAUAAAAAGGAGGGUUUGAUCCCCUAUUCUGUGGCCAAGCUUCCUAUUACAAGUGAUGUUCCUGAAGGAUGUGUUAUAAUAAGGGAGCAUGUUCCUAUUAGCAACCUCUUUACGUGUCUUUGGUUCAAUGAAGUUGACCGCUUUACAUCGAGGGACCAAAUCAGCUUUUCCACAGUAAGAGACAAAAUUAGGGCAAAAACAAACUGGACUGUGAACAUGUUCUUGGACUGUGAAAGGCGCAACUUUGUGGUUCAGAAGUACCAUAGAGAUGUUUUAGAGCACAUGGCUCAUCUGCCUCCUGCUGUGUAUCCACCACCACCUCCCCGUGUUUUGGUGUAUGAACCACCAAAAAGAGCGUUUGAAACUUCAGCUGAUAAGGUCACAAGUGUUCCAGUUCGGAGGGCAAAACGGGGGAGGAAGUCUGGCUCUAGGCGUCACCGCAAAGUUGUUGCUGGUGGCAGAGACAUUGAUUCAAGUUAAAGUUUUGUCAAGGAAAGUUAUCAUUUAUUUUUUUCUUCCCUCCUAAAAAUAAUUCAUUGGAGGGAUGGAAGAUUUGUGCCAGAUGAGUGUUGUAGUUCUGUUACCACAGAGAACACUGCCUCUCAUUCUUUACCUUUUUCUUUUCCUAGUUUUGAAUUCUCCUUCUUUAAUUCAUUUUUUGUUGUAUAUAUAAUAUGAUAAUUCCAAUAAAUAUUAUAUGGGUUUCUACCAAAGUCCAGAAAUGUAGUAACCCAUUUUGUUGUUCAUCAUUAUAACAAGGUUGUAUUGAACUCAGUUUUUAAUAGCAAUAUUGUCUCUUCUUCAUUGAAAA